CCGGAAACACUAGAGAGGAAGUACAGGGAAAGGGGGAGCGGAGUGGUGCGCAGUUCCUUGUGCUGUCAUACACACACCCACACACACACCCACACACAUACAUUCACACAUAGCAGCCAUGCUCCGCUCCUGGAGCCCGAUAUUAUCACUCACAUACACCGUCUGAGAGAAUGAGUCCGGGAGCAAGUCGGCACCAGUAAAGGCCUGUGUACAGUUUCCAAGAGACACAGGGUCCUCACCUAAGUGGACUAAAGUGAUUUCAUCUCAAUGACUUUAUUUACAUGGUCAUUGUGUUUAAAGGGGUGGUUCACCUUUAAGGGUAUUGAGACCAAAAUGAUUCUGACCUUACAUCCCCUGGAGAACCUGAAGUCCUACAUCAACAGCCGGCCACCUCUGGUGAUUUUUAUGGUCAGUGUAAGUGGAAUGGCCAUAGCCUUCCUAACACUUGGUUAUUUCUUCAAAAUGAAAGAGAUCAAGUCACCGGAAAUGACUGAGGACUGGAACACCUUCCUCCUGAGGUUUAACAAUCUGGACUUGUGUGUAUCUGACAAUGAAACCUUAAAGCAUUUUUUGAAUGAAACCACCCCUCCUGAGAGCACAGUAACUUCCGGUCAAGCAAGGUCAUCCACACAAACACCUCAAGCUCUAGAGGACUCUGGACCCAUAAAUAUUUCUGUGGCAAUUACCUUGACUUUAGAUCCACUUAAACCCUUUGGUGGAUAUUCCCGUAACAUCACACACCUGAGCUCAACCAUUUUUGGUCAUCAGAUUGGUCUUUCAGGCAGAGAUUCCCACGAGGAGAUGAAUAUUACGUUCACUUUGCCUGCUGCGUGGAACUCUGAUGAGUGUAUUGUCCAUGGGCACUGUGAGCAGGUGGUAUUUACUACAUGUAUGACCGUCACUGCAGUGGCCAGUGUGUUUCCAGUCACAGUUCAGCCUCCUCACUGUAUUCCUGAGACAUACAGCAACGCUUCUUUGUGGUACAAGAUGUUCACCACUGCUCGUGACUCAGGGACAAAGAACGCACACGACUAUAAUCCUUUCUGGUGUUACAAGGGAGCAAUAGGCAAGGUGUACCAUGCUUUAAAUCCCAAACUCACAGUUAUUGUGUCAGAGGAUGACCGUUCACUCAUAAACCUGCAUUUGAUGGACACAAGUUACUUCCUCUUCGUGAUGGUCAUCACCAUGUUCUGUUAUGCAGCGAUCCGAGGUAGACCAAGUAAACUAAGACAAAGCAACUCUGAGUUCCGCCCCGAAAAGGUUGCCCUGUCUGAUGCAUAACCUUCCCAUUUUGUACUGUGAGCAGAUAAAUGUGGAGUCAUUUGCUUGUUGACCCCACGGGAAGAAUCUGGCCUCCUAUGGGGAAGGAGAAUCAUCUUUCAAUGUUGGUUUGUUCCAACCAAAGACAUUUCAAGUGCCUGUAAUUGAUUUGUAAAUAUUUAUAAAUAGGUACAUGUAAAGAGGCUUGAUGCACAUACCCUGCAUUGCAGGAAUUUGUAUGUUACACCUUGUACCUGUGGACUAGCUGUCUUUUUCUCGUGUAGAUAUGUGUAGUGGCCAUGUAGUAUGGACGGUGAAAAUCAUCUCCACAGUGGCAAUGAAAGAGGGCACAGACCGGGAUUUUCUCAGUGUCUUGAGCAAAACUACAGUUUUCUGUUUCUGUAGCAGGUACAAAUAAAUCGCUACCAAAAGGUAAA